AUGGCAGAACCGAAGAGGAAAGGCUUCUGGAGCCUGUUCCGCAGCAAGAGCUCGGCGACUAAGAACGGCAAACUGGAAAAAGACCCGCUGAGACGAGCAAGUGAAGGGGAUGUGCUCGGCCGCAGCAGGAGGCCAGAUGGUCCGGCGGAGGAUGCCCCGACCCGCCGCCGCAGACCCCGGCGGACCGACCCGGGCGCGGCCAAGGGCAAGGGCCGAGAAGACGUCCACACGCCGUCCUACGAUCUGGGGCCGCUGACCGAGUGGCCGCCCUCGGGCAUGUCGAGCAGCGAAGAGCUGAACCUGGGGGCCGCCAUGCAGCUCAUCUCCAGAGGCGUGCCUGCCUUCAAGGGGCACAAGAGGCCCAUCCCCCACGCCAACGACCACUACUACGCCCUCUUCGCCACCGUGGCUGGCAACCGUGGCGACGAGACGGAUGCCGCGAACCAGCACGAUACCAUGACACAGUUCACGACACUCCGGCUCGCCGAGUCGGGGCCCGCCACCUACCCCUGGGAGACGCUGGAACAGCCUAGCUACGCCUUUUGCUUUGGUAAGCGCCCGGGCACCAUCACGCUCAACCACUGGGUGUCGAUGGCAAGCGUCUUGCCGCCAGCCAUCGCGCUCCGCGACGCAGGGGUGGCGCCCCGCGACAUCGACCUCGAGGGCAUCUUUGCGCGGCUGAAGGAGUUGGACGGGGGGCUGGAGGAUGAUGACGAGGAUCUGAUGUACAGGAACCUCUACAAGCGGCUGCUCAGGGACCCAGACAAGUAUCGGAGUCCGCACAAGACGCUGGACAGGCAGAUCACGGACCUCAUCAUGGUUCUCUCGCGCCCGGACUGGAUCGACUUCACCGUCCCGAAGAACCAGGUCGUCACGCGCUUCAUCUUCGAUACGAGCCCGGCCAACAGUCACACGUACCGCAAGUUCUUCCACCAGCUGCUCCUCAGCCUCGAACUGGAGCUGCGAAUCCACUCGCGACACCACAUGUUGGAGGCGAAGGAGAAGCUGCUUACCCAGAUCCCCCCCACGAUCCAGUGGAACCUGGCGCUCGCGCGCAGGUGGCGCGACAACAUCCGCGUGGACGAGUAUGGCGAGACGGCCGAGCAGGUGCACCUCCGCUACAGGCGGCAAAGGCGGCAGGUCAAGAUGCUCAAGCGCUUCGCGCAGAUGAUGAAGUGGCCGAACCUGACCGAGACGCUCGCCGCCCUCCGGCGCCGCGACGCCGACUCGACCCUCGACCUCGUCAGCUCGCACGCCAUGGCCUUCUUCAGCGGCCUCGUCCUCCCGGGGCCGACCUUCCCUUUCCUCAUCAUGAACGCGCUCCUCGACAUCGACCCCGACCGGGCGACGGACGACCUCACGCUCCUCACGCACCAGCACCCCAGCUGCGGCUUCCAGUACCGCAACAGCUACACCUACUGGACGGCGGCCUCCAUCGUCGGCAAGGUGCUCGCGCCGACCUGCCGCUCGCUCGCGGGCUGGGUCGGGCCGGCGCGCCCGACCGCCGACCUCGCGCGCAACCAGAUCGCGCGCAUCCGCGCGCGCCGCCCGCCGUCCAAUCGCGUCACGGCUGAGGACGUGCGGUCGAUGAGCGAGCGUUCCGACCCGCUCGGCCCGCCGACCCAGGUCUUCCCCGUCAAGGAGUACGCCCUCGUGGCGCCCGACCGCGACGACGACGCCUACCUGGCCGACCUCGUCCGCAUCGAGCUGCUCAGCCUGCGCCCGUGCUCCGACAGCAACAACAACAGCAGCAGCAGCAGCAACAACAACAACCGCACCGCAUCGGCGCCGCCCCUCCCCGCCUCGUCCAACCCCACACCCACCCCCUCGCCCGCCCCCGGCUCCGCCGCCGCCGCCGCGCCGCCGCGCUACUUCGACGCCUCCAUCCAGUUCGCCAUCGACGGCGUCUCCUGGCCCCUGCGCCUCACCUACGACGUGUCCUUCGUCUCGGCCUGGCCCUGCUCCGACGGCCCCCACCCGCUCUUCUUCGACUACGUCUACACGCCCGUCAAGGCCGACCAGCUGGUCAAGGUGCGCGAUUGGAACGGGGCGGCUGCCGGCGCGGGGGGCGGAACGCAUGGACGGCAUGCAAGGUCGCUGUCGCCGCCUGCGGGCGGGGGGAAGGGGGUGUCGAGCCCCAGCACGCUAAGCGGGGGCGACGAGGAGCGGGUGCUGGUCGUCGAGGCGUUCGGCGUGCCGGACAACGAGGUGCUUGCCCGGGCGUGGUGUGCGCACUGGGGGCUGAGCGCCGUGGUGGCGGACUUGGGGCGGACUUGCAUGGCGUGUGCGAUCCGCGAGGCGUAUGCCGCGACGAUGACGGUGGUCAUCUUGGUGGAUGACGAGCACGACCGGGGAGACGAGUAA